CCUCAUAUCGGGGCUCUCCGUUUACAUUAUUCAUACAGAGGAGGGAGUGACUUGUUGGCUCUUUUUUUUCCGCCUGUAUAAAACGAGAAGUUCGCGUAAAAGAAAAUACAGAUGGAGAAGGCUAGCCGGCUCGCUGUGUCACAGAGAGUCCCCUUAAGCCUACGUGACAACUCACAUACUGUCCCUUUGUGACCAGCAUAAUCAGCAGAAUGCCCGGUCUCUGUGUGCUUUGUCUCGCCGCGGCACUGGCCGCGUUCGUCCGGCUCGCCGGCACGGUGGGGCCGGUGGUCCGAUGCGAGCCUUGCGACGCCGGGGCGCUCCUGCUGUGCAAGCCGCUGCCGAAGGACUGCGCGGAGCGGGUGAGGGAGCCCGGCUGCGGCUGCUGCAUGUCGUGCGCCCUCGGCGAGGGACAGGCGUGUGGAGUGUACACGGCGCGCUGCGGCUCCGGCUUGACCUGCCAGCACCAGCCGAGGGAGAGCCGGCCACUGCAAGCUCUGUUGGAGGGACGGGGAGUGUGCUCCAGCGCCGCGUCCAAAAAACUCAACAGCAUUCUCAUACCGGCGCAAAAACAAGAUACAAAUCAAGUAGAAGAAGGCUGUGCCAACGUGACCACGACAAUGACGGUGGUGCCCAGCGUUGCGACCGUGAAGGGCGGGCACAGUCGUGGCUCAAUGGACACCAGGCCUCCACUGCACAAUAAACUGAUCCAGAAAGAUCAGAACAGGAAGACUCAGAGUUACAAGGUAGAGUCCGUGUCAGGAGGAGCCAAUAUGGACAUUCACAACUUCUCCCUGGAGAACAAGAGGGAGACUGAGUAUGGGCCAUGUCGGCGGGAGAUGGAGAGCAUCCUGAGCAGUCUUAAAAUCAGCAACGUGCUCAACCCGAGAGGCUUCCGCAUACCUAACUGUGACAGAAAGGGAUUCUACAAGAAAAAACAGUGCCGUCCAUCCAAAGGCAGGAGGCGGGGCUUCUGCUGGUGUGUGGACAAAUACGGGCAGCCUCUGCCCGGCUUUGAUGGCAGGGAGCGGGGCGAGACGCAGUGCUACAACCUGGAGAGCAAAUGAGAAGACGGAGGGAUGACGAGUGGACGAGGAGAAGAGAAGGGGGAGGGAGAAAGACAGAGAGAGAGAGAGAAAGAAAGAGAGCCUACUUUUCUCUUGCAUGUAGUUUUAUGUAAAAAUUUGAAGGGGCUCUGGACGUUUUGAUUUCAGGUCUCAUUUCUGUUGGAGAGUUAGGGAGAGAACAAGGGGGGAGGGGUGAAGCUCAGCUUCUGCGACCAGCCAAGCCUCCUGUCCAUCACAGCUAUCUGUCCUGUGCUUAGGGAACCUCUAUCCUUUCUUUAAAAAAAGAAAACAUUUAAGCUAAAAGCUGAGAGAGGAGAAAGAGAGAAUCCUACCAUCUGCACUAUUCUUUUAGAGAGAGAGGAAGGAGGGACUUUUCCACUCACUUUAAAGAGGACUUGUUUGUGGUUGUGACCCGACGCACCGCACUACCACCGUUUUCUGUCUUGUGUGUCUGUCUGUGAGUGUGUUACCGUGAGUCCGCGUGUGUGUCUUCAUGUGUGAGCACCUGCAUAGCGUCCGUGUGCACAGCUGCAUGUCUGUAAAAGAUGGCGUGCGAGUGUGCGUUCUCCCAAAAGUGUUUAUGUAAAUACUGUGUGUCUCUAAACUGAGCUUAGCGGUCCUCAGCCUCUCCUCCAUUAAACAAUACAAACAUAAACGCUCUCUGGCUCAGGGUCCAUUUUGAAGUGAAGGAUUAUGGCAUAGCAGGGCUUUGACUUCUUAUCCAGCACAGUCGUCGCCCAGGACCCCCCACGCUGCCUCUGGCUUGUCCCUUGUCCUGCUGUUGGGAAGGGAAUGGAGCCAGUUACAGUGCCUUAAAAACAGACCUUUUCAUGCCUCCCCUCCCCCCCUUCAUCCUCCGUAGUCCUCGAUUAAUGGGACACGUCACUAUCUACCAUUUGGUUAUCAGAUACUCACCGCCCCUAGCCUUGAAACAUGGCUCUGGAAAAUUGUAUCUUACACUUUGGUUGAUGGCCACGGCUACUAUAGAUUUGACGCUGCAAAAUCAGCAUGAAAACAUCCAUAGAAACAUCUAAAGGCAUCGUCUUCAAUGUUGAUCCAUGUACUGAUCGUCUCACAAAAUAUUUUUAGGUGCAUUCUCAGCUAUGAGGUACUGAGUAUUUGUAACAUACUGAAAGAAAUUAGUGGAGAAGUGGAUGAAGGUGCAACAUGUGCCGAAUUACAAUGGUUCCUAGCCUCUUGUAAUAAUCUUCCUGGUUCAAGUAGAUCUAGUGUCCCGCAGGAAACUGCUCACAUUCUCUGGCCAGUUGGAUUCAGUGCAACCGCCGUAAAUUAAAGUUGCCAGGAAAGAAAGAGUGAGUGACAAACUUUGCUGAGCCACUUUUUUGAGCUCACAGGAGGUGAAACUACUCGACAGACAGAUGUUUCGGUUUCGUCUUGAGGUGCUCACACGCUGUCCUGCAGUCUUAGGGAUCAGAUUGGUUAGAUUAGUGUGUCUUCUGUCUCUUUCCCACCACCGUCUGUACGGCGUCCCUGUCCCUCUAACCUGCUCUCCUGUGCACUCAUGCGGCUACAGUGCUGAGGUCCUACAUGUCUUUACCUCUUGUCUGAAGCGUCCUUGUCUGUGUGCCUGAUCCCGUCCUUGUGUCCCCCCCACUAACCCGAGCUGUUAUGCCCCACUCCAGACCAGCUCCACUCCGGUCCUCUUCCUGUCAGUGGUGCAAACCUGGUGUAGGCUUGUUUGAACGGGGCGAGCCCGGUGUGAACGGCCGCCCGCACGCUUCAAGCACAAGCACAAGCACUUAAAGCACUUUAGCUGCGCCGCUACUCGUCAAUGCAUGCAGUUAAAGACAAUUGGUCCUUUCUGCAUCUGCAUACCUUUGCUUUGAGGUAAUGUCAGAUGAAACAGUGUGAUACUGUAAGAAAACAAUAAUAACCCAGGGAGGGAAAAAAAAGAAAGAGAGAGAGAGAGAAAAAAAAACGAAGCUACACCAGGACUUCUGACAGCGAACCUAGCGAGCACCCCUCAGACAUUUUCUGUUCAAUGCAACUAUUUUUUCUUUUUUGUUGUUGUUUUUGUUUCUUUGAAAAAUGCUUGUAUGAUCGUAUGCCAACAAAUCUCCACAAGGUGGACACAGCACCAAAUAUGCAUUCACAUGAGUGGUAGGGGGUCUGAGGGAGGAGGCAGGGUCCUCCCCAACGAGCUUCCUGCCCGAUGCUCUCCCACAUCCUGUGUAAAGACUUGAAAAGUAGAGAGAGUGCCGACAAAGAAUGCUUGCCCAGUAGCUCGGUAGCAUGAAAAUCGGCCGUACACUUCCUUUAAUAGACAUCAGCAACCUACAACCAGCCUGUUGGUGCUAUAUCCCAUCUAUUCAAAGACUUGAUGUACGGGGAGGAACAUACAUAAAUAUGUUUAAGCUAUUCCCUCCCUAAUAUUUGUAAGUGUGUCUUUUUAUAUAUAUAUAUAUAUUAUUAUUAUUAUUUUUAUUUCCUGGCCAGCUAUGUGUCUGACUAGACAUCAUGUACAGUACUUAAAAAUGAAAAUUAUUUAUCUAAGAAAGAACUAUAAGCUGAUCCAAACUAGGUUUUCUUAUGAACAAUUCAGUGACUCACCGAUUGCACAGCAAAGUCUAUAUGAUUAAGUGUAUUUUGGGGAAUAUAAUCACUAAUGAAUGUUUUAUUUUUUAAUGAACCUUUUCCUUCUGUUGCUCAGCAGUAUCAUUUGUAAGCUCCGUGCCCAGCAGGCGAGCUUCAGCCUCGGGGCUGAAAUCUAUGUCAGUCUGUCACUCAGGUCUCUGGUAAUCUUAGUUCACUGCUCCUUUAGGCCGGUGAACCUCUCACCUCUCAGUAAGUCACUUCUCUCCAUGCACACCCAGCCAUCCCGCCUCAAGUCUGUUAGUGCAGAGCCAGGGUCACACUUCUGUAACGUCACUUUUUACUUUGUAUUAUUUUUUUUUCUCUCUGCUGGUCACGUUAAAGAAUCUCUCUGUUCACGGGUAAAUGUACUUUUGUUUUUCAUUUCAAGCUUAUCCUUUGAUUCAAGCUUUUCAUGAUACUAAACUAGAAAUCACACAGCUAUUAUUUUCUGAGAAAAGGAAAUGACUUUGAUUCGAAGUAUAAUUUGUAUUUAAUGUCUUUUUUUAAAUAAAAAGUGAACACAUUUUAAAAUGCCGUCUCCGAGGUGUGUGUUUUCUCCUUGUGUUGUCAGCAGUAGCUAACAGAGCAAAUUCACUUCUGCAAUCAGGAAACAACAUUUGCUCUUGUUGAAGUCCUUGAAUGCAAUCAGGCUCCCCUCAGUCUUGGAAAGUGUCAAUAAGGAUAAAGCAAAGGCUCAAUUUGUAAAGAAUAAAAAUAAAUCUGGUGGUGCCAGGCAGGCUGGCAGUGGGCAUGAGAGGUUGAGGCGAAUUCCUGUGCCCGACCAAGGCAAACAGAGAGCGGGUCAAAAGGCAGCGCAGAGCUGCAAGUCCCCACGAUCCGUCUAAAGUUAGACAAGAACCUCCACUUUAGAUCGCCGUGAUAACACUGCACACAAACACACACCCAAUAUAGAAAAAUGUGGUCUGGGAGUGCAUCUACACACACGUUCAUAAUCCUGAUGAAGCUGUUAUGAUUCUGAUGUUAUGAUUCCAAAAAAACAUACCAGCCUGAGGUUAAAGGCCAGGAAGCACAUAGCUGAGGUUAAUGUUUUUAUUAAAUAUAUCACCUUUUUUUCUUACGUUACAUCUCAAUUACAAAAGUGUACAUACGCACAAGUGAGCAGUUAGUCACUUUGGAAUAGACUCACACAAACAAUAAUUCUCUCUCCAACAGCAGCAUGUGGAUAGAGCGGGUUCACUGCGGGACUCGCUCCUUGUGGUCAUGUGUUCUUGGUCAGAGAGAACAGCAACAUGUAAAGUAAAGUAGCAUUUACUUUUGACAGAUACAUUAACACAACGGACAACAGACACAUAAAUAUUGGAGGUAGGUUAAUGUAGAAAUACCCGUCUGAGAGGCGGCGCAGGGAGAUGCCGCCUGUCAUGUUAUCUGUAACCCCAUGAAAUCAUGGGAAAUGGUUUCUGAGACUGCUUAAGGAUUCCAGACUGAGAGUUUUGCAUUUACUGACAAGAGCUGAUCAUGUGUCACAUCAGGAAAAAAAAAAAAA